GCCUUUGCCACUGCCACUGCCACACUUCUAGGCUUCAAGAGCAUAUCAGCUAUCUCCAACCGUUGAAAUGCAGCAGCCUAGGGACAAGUCUGUGUGGUCUAUGUGAGCCCUUUAUUUUAUGUGCCUGUUCGCGCUGCGACCAACUCCAAAAGCUGGACGGCGCCAAAUUCUGGUGCGGAUCGAUCACGCUUGCACGUCCCCCUUUUCGACCCUCUUUUCUCUACUUCUCGCAAAACGUCGAUUGAUACGCAUUGGAACCGACAUUGAUCUCUGCAAUAUUAUGAUAUGGUGAUAUAGACGCAUUUCAUUUGCAUCUAUAUCAGCUUAUCUUUGGUUAAAAAAAAACACUGACAUCAUCGCCUCCUAUCAAAUCUUGAUACAUCACCUCACUCCCCACCAUGGCGCAAACCCUCUCGACAGCGUCGUCGUCGCAAGCGCCCGUCAAAUCCGAGCCUAAACCCAUUCAGCAGCAGCAAGGCAACCGCCAGUUGAGGCCACUGAGUCCGGGAGACCGGUUGCAGUUCUCGGCAAGCUUUCGCAGCGGUCACCUGAACCUCAGCACCAUUUCUCCCGUCAACGAAUACGGGAGCUUUGAAUUUGACCGUGUCUUGAAGAGAGGCCGUGUGCUUUGUAAGAUCAAAAGCAGACAUGCUUUCAAAGCAUCUUGGAAAGCUGGCUACCUUGUCCUACGACCAAAUCUCCUCUCUGUUUACAAGGACGAAGACGAAGCGAAGCUGCUCCUAUCCGUGACCCUCACUGAAGUCACUGCCGUCGCGCCUGUCAUCUCAUCACGACCCGAACGCAAUUACACUUGGAGGAUCUUCACCCCGUCGAAAAACUACCGCUUUCAAUCCGCAUCAGAGAAGGAGGGGGAGGACUGGAUCGGGCGUAUUCAAGCAGAACUACACGUUGAUGAGGAGGAAGAAGCCAUUAUCGCAGCCACACAUUCGGUCAAGGCAGGGAAUAAUGCAUCUGUCCAAAGUGACGCGGAUGACCAGCAAGGAAUUAUCACUGCGAGUGAGCUUUCUGAUGUAGGGGAAACCGAGCAGGGCAUCCUGUCCAGCUCUCCGGAUCUCACCAGAACCCUCUCGCCGAUUGGCCCGAGCGGCAAAAAUUUACCCUUCACUCAGGAAUACUCAGGGAAUGAGAUGACCGAGCUUUCAGACUUCUCAGAUGCACCCGACAACGCUACACGAGCACAACUGCAACAGCGCCGAAAGUCCACACUCUCACCAUGUCCUCCUAAGAGCGGCGGAAGUGCUUCUGUAGGUAGCGCUACCAACCUCGGAGACAAAUCAGAACGAACGUCUUCGACAGCGACAUCUGGCGCCGCAGCCGAUCCAGAACGUGUCAUAUUCCAGGGCCAUCUACAAUGUCUCCAGAGCAAGCGCGGCGUUCGACAAUGGAAACGACUCUGGGUAGUCCUGCGGCCGAUCAGUCUCGCCUUAUACAAAGACGCCAAGGAAUACUGCGCUGUCCGCAUCAUCCCGAUGUCCCAGGUCAUCACUGCCGCUGAGAUCGACCCUAUAUCCCGAUCCAAGAACUUCUGCCUUCAAAUCAUCACCGAAGACCGCCCAACAUACCGCUUCUGUGCGCCCGACGAGGAAAGCCUCGCCAAAUGGCUGGGUGCAUUGAAAAGCAUCAUCGUGGCUCGAAACAAAGCAAUCGAGAGUAAAAAAUCUAAUGGAGUGCCGACGAUUGUAGCUCCUCCGCCUUCUUCUCCCCCGUCUAGCUCGCUUGCUCCGCCUCCAGAACACUUUCAGGAACAAUUCCAGCCUUUGCGAUGAUUUCCUUUUUACACACCGAAAUAUUUCGGUGUGCAUUCUAUCUUUUGAUAGCAUGAUUAUUACGAUCGAUAUGACCUUUUAUAUAAUUCUUGUCUAUUGACUCGAUUGAUUCCAUUGUGUAUAAUAUCUGUUCCUUUCAACUAAUGUUUAAGUCUAAGUCUUAUCCAUCAUUUUUGGUGGAUCAUUCGAUCAGAAUACUACAGGGGACAUAUCCAGCUGUCUUUUUUAUUUUAAUUAUUAAUGCAGAUUCAUCCGAACAUU